CUUGGAAGGAUGGAAGGCCGAGUCAACCUUGAGCCUGGUGAGAUUCAAAUUGCCAAAUUGCAGGCAGCUGCCAGUCAGCAGAAGUCGCCUGCAGUACUGCACUCUAACCAGUGGUGGGAUUCAGCCAGUUCGCACCACUUCGGGAGAACCGGUUGUUAACUUUCUGAGCAGUUUGGUGAACUGGUUGUUGGAAGAAAUCAUUAGGGCAGAGAACCAGUUGUUAAAUUAUUUGAAUCCCACCACUGACUCUAACCACUGUGCCACCGCAGCUCUUAUAAAGGGGAACCUUUGCAGCUGGGGGUUGAAUUAGAGGGGGGCUCCUUGGCACCGGUAGUGGGUUGCUACCUGUUUGCCCCAGUUCUGGCAAACCGGUAGUAACAGUGGCAGGAGGCUCAGCCCACCAGCUUGGAUGUCAUUUAAUACAAUCUGUGCACGUGCAGAAGCAGCGCGUGCACAAACGAAGCAAGUGCGCGCAAGCAAACUGGUAGCAAAGGUACGUGGGAAGAUGGUAAGGGGUCUGUAGGACCAUGACCCACACAAUGCAAUGUGGCUUUCUCCUCCUAGCCUCCUGCUGCUCCCUCCUGAGUUUUGCCCCGGGGUGGGCCUGCCCGGCACGUUGCGAGUGCAUCCCUCAGCUCAAAUCCGUCACCUGCCAUCGGAAACGCCUCACGUCUGUCCCGGAGGGGAUCCCAACCGAGACCAGGAUCCUGGAGCUGAACAAGAACCGCAUCCGCUGCUUGAACGCAGGCGAGCUCUCCUCCUUCGCCAUGCUGGAAGAGCUGGACUUCAGCGAAAAUGUCAUCUCCAGCGUGGAGCCCGGGGCCUUUGGCAACCUCUUCAACCUGCAAGUCUUGCGGCUUCGGCGCAACCAGCUCAAGCUGAUCCCUGCGGGCGUCUUCCACAAACUGGCCAACCUCAGCCUCCUGGACAUCAGUGAGAACAAAAUUGUCAUCCUUCUGGACUACGCUUUUCAAGACCUGAGAAGCCUGAAGCACCUUGAAGUCGGGGACAACGACCUGGUCUACAUCUCCCGAAAGGCCUUCUCUGGCCUGCUCAGCCUCCGGGAGCUGACCAUCGAGAAGUGCAACCUGACGGACCUCUCUGCUGAGUCCCUCUCUCGCCUGCAAAACCUGGAGGUCCUCCGGCUCAGGCACCUCGGUGUCGGCCUGCUGGAAGACCAGAACUUCCGGAGGCUCGGCCGCCUGUGGCUUCUGGAAAUCGACAACUGGCCGUUGCUGGAGGACAUUUCGCCCAAUGCCUUCCAGGGCCUCAACCUCACCUCACUCUUCGUCACCUUCACCAACAUUACAGCUGUGCCGAUCGCAGCCCUGAGGAGCCUGGGGCACCUUACGUACCUCAACCUCUCCUACAACCCCAUCAGCACCGUGCCAAGGGGCUCCUUCCGGGACCUCACCCGGCUGAGGGAGCUGCACAUGGUGGGCGCCCUGCUGAUCUCCGUGGAGCCCCAGGCGCUCUCUGGACUGAGGCAGAUCCGCCUCCUGAACCUCUCCAACAAUCUCUUGUCCACCCUGGAAGAGAGCACCUUCCACUCCGUCAACACCCUGGAGACCCUCCGGGUGGACCAAAACCCCCUCGUCUGUGACUGCCGCCUGCUCUGGAUCCUCCAGCGCCGGAAGACGCUGAACUUCGAUGGGCAGCCACCCAUGUGCUCCUCGCCCGUUGAGAUCCAGGGCGAUGCCCUGCAUGACUUUCCGGACUCUGUUCUCUUCGAGUACUUCACCUGCCAAAAGCCCAAAAUCCGGAACCGUCAACUCCAGCGUGUGACGGCUCACGAGGGCCAGGUGGUAUCCUUCCAGUGCCAGGCAGAGGGGGAGCCCAUGCCCUCCAUCAGCUGGAUUUCUCCUCAGCAUCGGAUGAUCACCUCCAAGAGUUUGGGCCGGGUCAUCGUCUUGCCCGGCGGAACACUGGAGAUCCGCUAUGCCCAGGCCCAGGACAGCGGCACCUACAUUUGCAUCGCCAGCAACACUGCUGGCAACGACACCUACUUUGCCACCCUGACCGUCAAAGGGCCCUCUGUUGACAACAUCCUGGAUGCCAACCGGACAUCGUUGCUGGGUGAGUUCAACGACACAUUCCACAACGACACCCGGGUCUUCAUCAAGUUCACCCUGGACCUCAAGACCAUCCUGGUGUCCACAGCCAUGGGCUGCAUCACCUUCCUGGGGGUGGUGCUCUUCUGCUUCCUGCUCCUCUUUGUCUGGAGUCGGGGCCGGGGGCAGCACAAGAACAACUUUGCUGGGGAGUACUCCUUCCGCAAGGUGGACGGCCCCACCUCCGCUUCCGGGCAGGGUGGAGCCAGGAAAUUCAAUAUGAAGAUGAUCUGAAGGCCCGUUGCCAAAGGGGGCUCUGUGGGGCAAGGGCCACUCCCUGUGAACAGCGGCACCCUGCAGGAAGGCUGCCAGUGCCCUGCUCCACAUCAGCUGAGCUGCAAGGCUAGAGGGUGGGGACACGGCAGUGUCAAGAUCAAGGGCUUGCGACUCACUCCUCAGUCAUGUUCUGCGUGAGCCCUUGUAAGGCGGGGCAGUGCCUCAGCCCUUCCUCACGCUUCUCCCCCCUGGGGAGAGAGGGGUUGGGCUGCUGCUGAUCCAGAUGCUCAGCCUGCAGACUUGCCAGCGCUCCUUUGGCAAGCAUGGCCAGCCCCCUCCCACUGCCUGGGGCAGAUGAGCAG